AUGUUAUCGGAUAAUUUAGAAACAAAGAAACCGCCUCCUAAUUGCUUCAUUGUGGAGGAAGUAAUAAAUCGACAAAUAGGUAGUAAUCCGUUAUUCCAAAGAAGAUUUUGUAGUUCUUUACAUGCAGUAAAUCGACUGGAGUUUAAGUACAAACUCUAUGACCUUGAGGAUGUGACGGCCUUAAGUUUCAAUCAAAAAGGAAACUUAUUAGCAAGAGCCUCUGAAGAGACAAUUUCUAUUUGGGAUUGGGCUGCAAGGAAAAAGCGUUGUUGCCUUCCAAGUGAUUUCCUAAUAAGCGAGGCCAAAUGGCUGCCUUUAGACGUAGAAAAUUUUAUGGUCACUCGUGGUUUCUAUGGUGAUAUACAUUUAUUAGAUCUUGAAUACAACUCAUGGAAACAAGUGUUGCACUAUGAAUCAUCCUUUCAUGAUUCGGUACCACGUAGACAAUUUUUUAAUAAUGACAGGUCAUUGUCUGUGCAUCCUGAAAUACCCUAUGUCGUGUUUUCUGCUGGAAACGGUUCGAUUUCAUCCAUAGAUGUCCGGGAGGAUACAUCAAAAUUGCUCGAUAUAAAGAAAUUUCGAAAUAGUACGUUAACAAGUAUACAUUGUAAUCCUUCUAAUAGUAAUGAAGUUUGUGUCAGCGGUCAUUUUCCCUGCGUAAGGGUGUAUGAUCAGCGAAAUAUUUCGAAACCACUUUAUCAAUUGUGGACCACCAAGUAUGACAAGAAGGAGUAUUAUAACGUCUGUGCAACAAUCGCCAUGUAUAAUCACGAUGGGACAGAGAUUCUCACAUUGCGUGAUAUUUCCAAAAUAUUAUUAUUUGAUAAAUCAAUGUGGUCAUGUGAAGGAAAUUCGAAUCAUACAUUAUUUGAAAGCAAUCAAUUUAGUUCUGUACCUGGUGUACCUGCUAUGGUAGCCAAUAGAUAUGCUAGAAGUACACUUGGAAUCAAUUUUUUCGGACCUAAAAGUGAAUUUAUUAUAUCUGGAUCCGAUUUUGGUGAUAUAUUCAUUUAUGACAAGAAGAAAAGAACUGCGGCACAGUGGUUAAGAGAAGAUUACGAAUGCACGUCGAGACAUCACUGCUUAGGUCAUCCCCAUAUUCCUAUCCUUGCAACGGCAAGUGAGUCCAAUGUCCUGAUAUGGAUGCCUUCGAGCAAUGAAGAUACAACAAAAUCAAUAUUUAGGACUGUACCACCGUCACCACGAGGACCACCUUCACCACCGAUUCCGUCCACUCCAGAGGAGCGUUAUUGGACAUUACCCGCAACUCCACCUUCACAAACGUCUCCGCCACAUCGAGUACAGUCACCUCAAAUCGUACGGAGAUCUACGAGACCUCGCCACCCUCCACUACGUUAUACACCAAGCUAA